GGAAUCCAAGUGUCACAGAAGAGAGUCGGGUGCGCACACAUAGACGGGGGACUGGAAACCUAUAAAGACGUUGCGUUUUCAAGCAAGUAGUAAAGUAGCCACGCGGCUGUGAUAUCCAGCGAAAGGUUCAACUAGUCUGAGGAUCGAGUUACUAGCCAGGCAUGGAUCCAUUUACAGAGAAAUUGCUGGAAAGAACACGUGCCAGAAGAGAGAACCUGCAAAAGAAAAUGGCUGACAGACCAACGGCAGGAACACGAACAGCGGCACUAAACAAAAGACCUAGGGAGCCACUUUUAGAAGCAAAUCAUCAACCACCAGCCCCUGCUGAAGAAGCUAAACCAAGUUCAAAACCAUCCCCAUCAAAAAGACGCUGCUCGGAUAAUGCUUCAACACCAGAUGCUGGAGCUGAAAAUAAGCAGCCAAAAACCCCAGAACUGCCCAAAACUGAGUUAUCAGCUGUUGCCUCCCAUCAACAAUUAAGAGCUACAAACCAAACUCCGCAAGUCUCCUUGUUAUCUAGUGAUAAAGAACUUACAGCUUCUGAUGUUAAAGAUGCAUCAUCUGUAAAAACACGAAUGCAGAAGCUUGCAGAUCAGAGACGAUACUGGGAUAAUAAUGUUAGCCCAUCAAGCUCUCCACCGGCCCAUGUUCCACCUAAGGAUAUAAUCGUUUCUCCACCAAAGCCUCAGAUUCCUGAUGUUGGCAAUGAUACUCCAGUGGGCCGACGGGGCCGUUUUGCUAAUCUUGCUGCUACAAUUGGCUCCUGGGAAGAUGAUCUAAGUCACCCCUUUGUCAAGCCAAACAAUAAACAAGAAAAGCCUGGUACUGCUUGUUUAUCAAAAGAGUCCACUACCAGUUCAGCAUCUGCCAGCAUGAAUAGCCACAGUGUAAAGCAGGACACUACAUCAUGUUCUCAAAGGCCUAAAGACACAACUGUGAAUAAAGCUGUCUGCUCUGGACAACUGAAAAAUAUUUUGCCUGCAUCAAAACCUGCAAGUUCUGUUGCCUCCACUGAAGUUAGUGGGAAAUCAAAACCUUUGGCAAUUAAGUCACCCGCAGUGGUAACUUCCAAGCCUAAUGAAAAUGUCCUGCCAGCAUCCAGUUCUCUGAAGCCUGUAUCUGCUAAUUCCAGCCCACAGAAAACAGAGCGCCCAGCAUCAAGAAUAUAUUCAUAUCAAUCAGCCAGUGCUAGAAAUGAGCUAAAUAAUAAUACCCCUGUACAAACGCAACAGAAAGACAAGGUGGCAACAUCAGGUGGAGUGGGAAUAAAGUCUUUCCUGGAGCGUUUUGGUGAGAAGUGUCAGGAGCAUAGCCCAGCACCAUUAAAUCAAGGCCACAGGACAGCUGUUUUGACACCAAACACAAAGAGCAUACAAGAAAGGCUUUUGAAACAGAAUGAUAUAUCUAGUACUGCUAGCUUAGCACAGCAGCAGAAAAAGGAGCGUGAGAAGGAGCUAGCAGCACUUCGGGGACGAUAUGACCGUCGUAAUGUUUGGACUAAGCAGGAAGAUGAGCAGCAGGGGACUUUUCCUGAAACUUCAAGUAACCUACCCACAUCAGAUGUAGCUUCCUGUUCAGAGACAAAGAGAGCUGAAGCCUCUGGCAUUACAUCUGAGAAAUCAGUAUCAGGUCAUUUCCAUCCAAAUAUGGCUGAACAGGUCUCCAGUCCAGAGAAAAUCCCGACACCAGUACAAUCUCAGCUGCCUCUAGAAAGUCCAAGACUUGUUAAUGAAGGAAACACUGGUAAUGUGGCGUGUGAGGUUGAGAUGAGCGUUGAUGGCAGCAUAGAAGAGAUUAACAGUUCAGGGAUUAUAACCAACAUUUUUAGUGAUGUCCUUGAACAGCAUGACGAGGAAGGGGAGGAAGUUGAUGAGUGCUUAGUUGAGCAAGUAGAAACUGACACUGAUGAUGAGGAAAGAGAAGAUGAAGAAGAGGAUGCUCUGAACAUUUCCUCCAUGUCUUUGUUGGCUCCUUUAGCAGAGACUGUUGGUAUUGAAAGUCCAAAAGCUCUUCUGUCGCCUUCUAAUAAAGUUGCAGCUGGAAAUGGUGAAAGUUGUGAUAGAAAACGGUCAGGCAGGUUUCAGAAGUCACAUGUACUCAGAGCCGAAUCUAAUGACGGCAUUGGUUCUUCAGAGGAAAACCAAAACCUUUUGUACAGUAUUGAUGCAUACCGAUCCCAGAGAUUUAAAGAAACUGAUCGCCCUCCGAUAAUGCAAACAAUUGUCCGUAAAGAAGAUGUGUCUUCACGUCUACAGGAUAAAAAAACGGCAUCUCCACUAUCUGUUAACAUCAAACAAAAAAUGAAGACCUUAAGCAAUGAAGUAAACUUGCAGCAGACUGUUAUUCAUCAAGCAAGCCAAGCUCUUAAUUGUUGCAUAGAUGAAGAUCAUGGGAAAGGAUCCGAAACAGAAGCAGAGGCAGAGAGACUACUAAUAGUAGCAACGGAAAAAAGAGCUGCUUUGAUAGCUGAACUAAACAAAAUUAAAAAUGAAGGCCCUCAAAGUCAGAAGAAAAAUGUUUCUAAUGAGAGUGCACCAUCAAGAGGCUGUAUAUCCGUUUCUGAAAUGUUUCUUCCACUGAAAGCUGAUUUUGUCUGCAACGCCACUCAAAGGAUGGAUUCUGCAAAUUAUUACUUCUUCUUGAUGAUAAGAGCAGGGGCCGAAAACAUUGUAGCAUCUCCACUCACCAGCAUUACUAGCACCAUGAAAGGUGACGCUCUUGCCUUCCCAACAACAUUUUCUCUUGAGGAUGUUUCCAAUGAUUUUGAAAUCUGUGUUGAAGUGUAUAGCCUGGUUCAAAAAAAGGAAGGCCAUGCCCCUGAUAAGAAGAAGAAAACCAUGAAGUCAAAAGCAAUUACUCCAAAAAGACUGCUAACUUCUAUUACUAAAAGCAAUAUGCACACACCAGCACUAGCAAGUCCUGGAGGGCCCAAUGCUGUUCGUACCAGUAAUUUUGUACUUGUUGGAUCACACAAGCUCACUCUUUCUUCAAUCGGGAGCAAUAAAUUCCCUCUGGACAAGGUUCCAUUUUUGUCUCCAUUAGAAGGGCACAUCUACCUUAAAAUCAAAUGCCAUGUGAAUUCUUCUGUUGAAGAUAAAGGUUUCUUGACAAUGUUUGAAGAUGUGAGUGGCUUUGGUGCAUGGCAUAGACGCUGGUGUGUUCUGUCAGGGUACUGCAUUUCUUACUGGACGUAUCCAGAUGAUGAGAAACGAAAGAAACCAAUUGGGCGGAUUAACCUGGCUAACUGCACCAGCAGAAAGAUUGAGCCAGCUAACAGAGAAUUUUGUGCUCGGCCCAAUACAUUUGAACUUAUUACUGUGCGUCCACAAAGAGAAGGAGACAGAGAAACUUUAGUCAGCCAAUGCAGAGACACACUUUGUGUAACUAAAAACUGGUUAUCUGCCGACACCAAAGAUGAACGGAAUCUCUGGAUGCAAAAGCUGAAUCAAGUUCUUGUGGAUCUCCGAAUGUGGCAGCCAGAUGCUUGUUACAGGCCUGCAAGCAAACCAUAAGUAUUCUGGAUAUUUGGCCCCAGUUAUUCAGCACCUCAUCUAUUUUAAAUAUGCAGAAUAUAUUUUGCUGCAAGCUUUUAAAGAUAGUUAUUUUUUUUUUUUGUCUGCACUUUGCUCCUCCUAACCAUCUACAGUACUUUAUACUGGAGAGUAAUUGCAGAGUCUGUUGUUUACUGCCAAUACUCUAAGCACCUCAAGCUGAUGUAAUCUGAGUGUUCUACUGGUUAUGUGGCUUUUAAGGGGGAUUGUGUGUAUAGAUUUAGAUUUGUUUUGUUUUUUUAUUUGUUGCCAUUUGGGAGAGAUUUUUUUUUUAUUAGCGCUAUGUGCAAUAUACAAACUGAUUGCUUCCAGUUGAUAUUCAUAAACCUGUUUUUUGUAAUUCUGUAACUGCAUGUUCUCUAAAAGGUAUAUGGGCAAAGAGAAUGCAAUUUUUACUUUGUAUAUAAGCUAUUAUGUGCGGUCUCCAAGCUCAGCUUGCUUUAAUAUCCAUUUUUCUCAUGUACUGGGAAUUGUUGAAAUCCUCCUUUUUUACCCAGUAAUUUAAUAAAGUAUUAAUGAUGUAAA